AAAUGAGAUCACUAAGAAUUUUGAUGUACCACCAAAUUAAUUGUCAACAAAUCUACAAUUUUAUUAAAUAACCAGGAUAUUUCCUUUAGUUUAAAUGUAACAAUUCGGGAUGCUUUUUAUGUACAUUAACGCGAGUAACAACAGCAACAACAACGGAAACCUGUCCGAAACGUCAGUGUUGUCACUCGCAAAGGCUGCAAGAUGUUAGCUGUCAAAACAACAUAAAAUUCGGACACUCUCCUCAAAAUUAAACAGUAAAUUCACCCAGCUAGGAAUGUGCUAAUUUCCCCAAAAUGAACUCUGACGAUUUUGAGGACUCCGGCAACGAGACGAGUGGCGACGACGUCGAUUUCGCAAUCGAAGCCGAAGCAAGCUCGACCAGAGAGAUUCCGACUAUCGACGAGGACUAUCCCUUCGAGGUAUUCUCGACCGACGACAUCGUUCAGUAUAUGAUCGACAGCAUUAAGGACGUCAACACGGUCGUGCAAAUACCGUCGACGACGACACGUAUCCUACUCAACUACUUCAACUGGGACAAGGAGAAGCUUAUGGAGCGCUUCUACGACGGCAAUCAGGAUCAGCUCUUCCAGGAGGCGCACGUCAUAAACCCGUUCAAGCGCGUCGUCGUCGCCAAGCCGAAGCUGCCGAGGAAAAUUCUCGGUACCGAAGAGUGCGAGAUCUGCUUUAUGAUAUUGCCGCCGUCGCAAAUGACCGGACUCGAGUGCGGCCAUCGAUUCUGCUAUCAGUGCUGGAACGAGUACCUGUCGACGAAGAUAGUGCAGGAGGGCGUCGGGCAGACGAUCGCGUGCGCCGCGCACAACUGUCCGAUACUCGUCGACGAUCAGACGGCGAUGAGGUUAUUGAAAGAUCCGAGGAUACGCAUUAAGUACCAGCAUUUAAUUACCAACAGUUUUGUAGAGUGCAAUCGGCUGCUUCGAUGGUGCCCGAGUCCGGAUUGUAGUUACGCAAUUAAGGUGUCCUACGUGGACGCGCGACCGGUGGCGUGCCGUUGCGGUCACGUGUUCUGCUUCGCCUGCGGCGAGAACUGGCACGAUCCCGUCCGCUGCGGUCUGCUGCGUAAGUGGAUCAAGAAGUGCGACGACGACUCGGAAACGUCGAAUUGGAUCGCGGCGAACACGAAGGAGUGCCCGAAGUGCAACGCGACGAUCGAAAAGGACGGCGGCUGCAAUCACAUGGUGUGCAAGAACCAGAAUUGCAAGGCGGACUUUUGCUGGGUGUGUUUGGGACCGUGGGAGCCGCACGGCAGUUCGUGGUACAAUUGCAAUCGUUACGACGAGGACGAGGCGAAAGCGGCGAGGGACGCGCAGGAGCGAUCACGGGCGGCGCUGCAGCGGUACUUAUUCUAUUGCAACCGAUACAUGAAUCACAUGCAGUCCCUGAAGUUCGAGCACAAACUGUACGCGGCGGUCAAGGACCGAAUGGAAGAGAUGCAGCAGCACAACAUGAGCUGGAUCGAGGUGCAGUUCUUAAAAAAGGCAGUCGACAUACUCUGCCAGUGCCGACAAACUUUGAUGUACACUUACGUGUUCGCUUACUACCUACGUAAGAAUAAUCAGUCUGUGAUAUUUGAAGACAACCAAAAGGACCUGGAACGCGCCACCGAGCUCCUCAGCGAGUACCUAGAGAGGGACAUCACGCAGGCGAAUCUCGUCGACAUUAAACAAAAGGUGCAAGAUAAAUACAGAUAUUGCGACGGUAGACGUAAGGCACUUCUGGCCCACGUGCACGAAGGUUACGAGAAGGACUGGUGGGAGUAUACGGACUAACUUAUUCAACCUCUAAGUUCGCGCCGAAUCCCGAUAGACCGCCCUUCGUUUAAAAUCGAUUUCUGAAACUUUCAUUUUCUGCUAAUAUUCAUUAUUGAAAUAAAACUAUAUUUGUUACUAAUAUUUAAAAAUUAUAAUAAAGAUGAGCGAGAAAAUUAA